CUCUGACCAGAGGUCCUGCAAAUUCCUACCGUGGGCCCAGGGAGUGGGCCCGAGCAGGGAGGCGCCCUCCGGCUCCCUCUCCCCGACUUGAAGAAGCAGAAGAAACUGUACCAGCAAAGGCCGGACCCCCAGCGGCGGCUGGGGACCCAGCCCUUGCAACUUCAAUCUUCCCAGGGAGCCCAGGCGGAAACGCUGGUUUAGAUAGAGGCGGGAACUGCUUCGGGCUGAGACAGACAACCAGUGACCUGACUGACGCAAGCCCCAAGCAACGCCCGACUCGGCAGCAGAGAUACAGCCCGAGUCCUGAGGUCGCCCGGGGUCCCAGCUGACCGCCGACUAACGCUGAGUUUUCCGGUGGCCCAAGUGCGCACUAGGGACGAAGCUCGAGGGGGCCGGAGCGCAGGGCGCACGCUCUCCAGGGGCGGUGCCUGAGGCCAGAGAGGCCCGAGCGCCUGAAGCGGGCGGAGCCAGGGCGGACAGGUGAAAAAGAGUCUCAAAUGGACAUGCAAAGCUUGUGGAGAGAAGCAGUCAUUUUUGCGGCAAAUUUUGUCAGCCCUACCUUCAGGAUAUACCCAGACUGUGCCCACUUGCUACCACAGUGGUCCGAGUUGCCUCAGUAUUUGCUGCAACCUCCUGACUGGUCACCUGCUUCUGCCAUACAGUCUCAGCACCACAGCUGCAGGGUCCUACUGAAGCAUAUGCAAGAUCAUGUCAGACCUUCCAGAAUACCCUUGCCUCCUUUCUGCAACUGAAGCAAGUUCUGAUUCCAGUGGAAAGCCCGGCCUCUCAGGCUAAGGCUUACGGUGAGGGCUCUGGUGCUGACUGUAGACACCAUGUCCAAAAAUUAAAUCUGCUGCAGGGACAGAUUUCAGAGAUGUCACUCAGACACAACAACAUAAUGAAAUUGCAGAACAUGGAAGACAAAGGGAAGAGUUGAAAAGUAGCUGGAGAGAAGAGAGAUCACCUACACAAGAACAGUAGACACCCAGCUUCUCAGGGGUAACAUUAGAAGCAAGAAGACAGACCAUUACCUUCAUAUUGCUGAGAGAUGUUCUGUAGUUGAUGGAGUUGAGUUCCUGAAUCAUACUAUGGUGAGCAGAGUUCUGGCUAGUAGCUGUAGGACACUGCUCAACUGGACAUUGGAGUAUCGACCAUGUGGCACGGAAAAACUCCAGCCCUCAAAGAACCGCUGGCUGAAGUAUCUGGAAAGGGACUCCAAAGAACUGCAGCUGGAAGAAGGAGGAGUGUGUUUCAACAGACAGCCCUCAUCCAAGAGAGAGAAGCCAGACCCUCCCUUCAGUACAGGCCUGCCUAGAAAAAGGAAAUGGAGCCAGAGCACAGUCCAGCCUCCAUUCAGCCCUAAUGUCCAGGACUCCAGAAACUGUGAGGUCACCUUGAAGUCCCUGAAGGACCAUUCCCUUCAUUCUGCAUGGAGUACCGGGUCUUUGUCAGACUGUUCAGCUUGGGACCUGCCCUGGGUUUCUGAGGAACUGUCACCUUCAUUUAUCCAGGACCACACUGGCCUGACAGGGAAGGUCAAAGAAGGAAGCAGUCGUGAGGACUGGGACACCAGGGAGCUCGUCAUUCCUCGGGGGAAACCACCGUGUCCUGCCCAGCAGGUCAGGACCAUGUCUCCUAAGUGGGAACAAUUUCUUCCGCCACUUGGAAACAGCUCACAUUUGGACACGGAGCCCCUGACCCCCCUGCAAAGAGGAGGCCCCAGGCCAGCCCGGGCAGCACAGACUGAGCAGGGGACCCCCAGGACCCAGACCCCAAGGGAAGGAGGCCUCUGCAGGACCCCUGGUGCACUCCAGCCUCCUCAGGCUACACACACUCCCAUGCCUGGGCCCAAGAGGCUCUGCGGAAAGACCCCCGAGCAGUCAGGGGGCACGGGCCCUUGGGCAGAGGGUGGGCCCUUGAUCAAAGGGAUGCAAGAGCCUUCUUCACUCGUGCGACUGUGUGACCUCUUUAAAACCGGAGAGGACUUUGAUGACGAUCUGUGAUGAUUGAAACUAAUGUGUUUGUUUGUUACUAAUGUAAAAACAUAUUUGUUAAGUGAGCCCUUCUCCACUUGAUCUCUGUGCCACUGGAAACAGGGCUCCCCAAGUUGCUUUUAAAUAGUAGAACUAAGGAUGACUUAUGGGAACUACCAAGAACCAACAAUAAACAUGACUAUCAAACAGAUCAUCUCUCAUUGCACCAUCUCUGAUUAAAGUGCUUAUACCAUUUAAUUAAGAUUGUUUACAAAUAUAACAGAAUGG